AGCCGUGGAAAAAAGCCGAAAUCAUUGCUCAACUCGAAAAUGCCAGCGUUCGUUCUCUAUGGCGCUCGUGGGUCGACCAACACAGACCGAGUUCGCCUAACCCUCGCAGAAGGUGGAUUCACCGAUUAUGAACUUGUUCUCGCCGAUUUGCAACGAGGUGAACAAAAGUCCGACGAAAACAUGAAACGGCACCCAUGGGGCAAGGUCCCAGUCUUGACGUUCCCGGACGGCUUCACUCUCCAUGAGAGUCGCGCAAUUUGCAAGCAUCUUGCAAGAAAGUACUCCUUUUCGCUUCUACCAUCAUCCUCGGACGUCAAUGCCAUGGCACUUUUCGAUCAAGCCGAAUCAGUAGAGAUCUCCUACUUCCUCGAGCCAGCCGGUAAAAUCGCCUUCGAGAAAUUUGUCAAGAAGCGCAUGGGUCUGUCCGCUGAUGAGAAGAUCGUCUCCGAUGCAUUGCGAUCUGUCGAGAUGUAUCUCGAGAUUGCAGAGCGCAGCUUGCUGCAGAAGAAGUUUGUGGCAGGGGAUGAGUUUACUCUGGUGGAUAUCUACUACAUCCCGUUGAUCCGGAGACUCUUUGCCUGCGGAUAUGGGGAUCUGAUUCUUCGUCAUGGGGCUGUAAACGCUUGGUGGAAUCGAUGCAUAGAUCGACCGGCCAUCAAGAAGUUGUUUACCGCUGAUGAGGAGGCCAUGGCUGUUACAUCUGCUGCUACUAGAUAG